UUUUGCGCGCUGCCGUUUGUGUGUGUGUAUAUGUGUGUGUGUUUGUGUAGCUCUGUUAAACGGAUUAUUAGUUUUCUGGAGUGUGAUAAACACCAUGCCUGCCAACAGUUCAGCUCCUGCUUUGACCAGGCGACCAUUCACUGUCUAUAAUAUCUGAGCUGAGGGAUGAAGAGUCGAAAACAGAGGUCUAAAGCUGGAGGCGGCAAAAAGAAAGUCCCCAGCGAUGUGUCGCCCUCCACCGGCCUCCCUCCUUUGGUCGAGGGCCAGCUAAGAUGCUUCCUGCGGGUGACUAUAAGCCGGGUACUAUGGACAGUUCACAAGCCUCCGUCUGCAACCUUUGUCAGGCUGCGCUGGUGGGGAGAGUCUUCCAAUGGGACACAUUUCUUUCCAAGAGAUGGAUCGCAGACGUCACAGAAGGCCAUCAAGACCACAGCCCGCUUCGCCAUCCGCUGUGGUCCAAAGCAGUUUACCUCAUAUCUUACAGAUAUGGGCUCUAUGGUGCUGGAAAUUCUGACAAAACCGGAUCAUUUGCCGAUUGCACGGGCUCAGGUUGCGGGCAUUUCUCGUCUCUCUCUGUCGCACCCCAUCAGUGGAUUUUACACCCUCGUAUCUCCAACAUCUGAGAAGCUGGGAGAGUUACAGGUUUCCCUUAAUUUGGAGGCUCUGACAGAAGCCUACGACAGCAGCAGCUCAGGUCCCAUCACAGAUAUCAGCAUUGAGGGACCACAUGUCAACCAGUUGCCUGUGCCCUCGCAGCCCAGACCGCUCUCUGUUGGCAGCGGGAUAGAAUCAGCCGGGAGCAGCAGUGGAAACACACCAAGAGGGAAAGACCACUUAUAUUUCCAAAAUGCCCAGAAAGACAAAGGUAUCAAAGAAUCGCUGGAGAAUCAGAUGCCAAGAACAAACAAAUCUCCGAACAGUCAAACGGCUGUGAAUCCUUCAAGCCAGGAGCCUUGUGACCAAACCAACAAUGAUAUCCUCUCAGUUAUUCUAGAGCGUGGGAACAAGCUUAGAAAUGCUAUGGUGGUAUCAGCUUUGAAAUGUGACAUGGAUUCUGCCCCAACUCUGAAAGACACUCCUCUGCCUCUCCCAAAGGAUAACAUCCUGCCACCGUCCAAGCCCUUCCCUUCUCCCUCUGGGAUGUUUCUUCAAAAUAUUCUUCAUGCUGAUUCAGCUCUCAAGCACUCUGAUGAUGUUGCUCUAAUCUCAGACUGUGGCUUAGACUGUCCUGCUGACAUGGAUAACAGAGCUGUGGAUCUGCUCCUCGGCAGCUUAAAUACAUCACCCCUACCCCUUUGGGAUGGAGAGGACUCCUUCCACGAAUCUCUCUCUGGCCAUAGCAGUGUGUGUGGGGAUAGUGAGCUUAAUGAUCCACAGUAUGAUCAGAGCUUACUGGAAAAUUUGUUCUACAAAACCCCUAUGUCAGAUAUCAAACCAAAUGACACUGAGGUACAGGGUCGAGAAACACUGUCCUCGUGUAACAAAGAGCCAAAACAGCUGACGCAGUCUGGACCCAAGAUUAGUGGAGGUCCAAAUUCAGCGCCUCAGCGGUCUGCCAAUGCUGGUGAUAUCCUUCCUGGCCUGAGUGCAGAGCAGUUGACUUUGCUCAGCUUGAUCCGGCUGGCGAGAGUCACUGUUGACUCCCUGACUGUACCUACAGGCAGUACAACCACCACACCGAGAAAAACCUUGAGUAAAGGGAAACCUCCUCGACCAUUAACCAGCAAGAAGUGCACGUAUUUUAUCGAGUAUGUUUUCCCGAUGGCUUCCACUUCUAGUCGACAUGAGCGUCGUAAAGGGGGAGAUGGGGAAGUGACCAGAGCUGUUGCCAGUAAAGUCACAGGAGGAGCGGUGAAGUUCCACCACCACUCUAUGUUUCCUGUCCACCUCACUACAGCAACGGUUAAACAAUGGUGGGGAACUGAUCUGAUUUUCAAGAUUUACUCACGGAAGAGCGACCAAAAGAAACCUGUUCCCAUCGGUGAGGCGGUUCACCCACUGCGCUUUCUGCUGCAGAGCAAGCAGCUGAGUCAGUCUGUUGUCUUACCUGUACGGAGUGUGGAGGGAAACCGUGAAACACAGGAGAUUGGACCUCUCAAGGUGUCGCUAGAUCUUGCUGCAGACAGCAAAGAUUUCUCUUCUGAAAAAAGUAAAAGCAAGCUGGCGUUGAGAGACACAUCGCCUUCACAAACUGCACACAGUCCUCGGAGAGAGACCAGCUCCAGAUCUCAACAUGUUGAUGUUGGCAGGGAGGAGUUACCAGCUGGCUCUUUUGAGGACUCCAGGCUGAAUGUUUGGAGUCCUCAGAGACCAUCGAAAAAAUCCUCUCCCCAUCCCAGCCUCCACACAUCUCCUCAUAUAUCACGGCUGCAGGUGGAGGAAGAACCUGAGGUCCUGCUGCACACUUUACUUAUGGUGCCAGACGGAAAGAACUUCAGCUGUGGGCCCAUGCAGGCUCCAAAUGUCUACUUGAACUGUAAACUCUUUUGGUGCGAUGAGACGGCUAGAUCUGUCAUCAGCUGGGGUCAGGCUAAUCCUUCUUUCAACUUUGUUCAGGUGACACCUGUGGCCUUAACAACUAAGCUGCUGGAGCGGAUGAAAAAUAAUAUGAUGGUGAUCGAGGUGUGGCAGAAGAAAGGAAGUUCAGGACAGGAUCGACUCCUCGGCCUCGUUAAAUUACCUCUUCAUCAGUUCUACAUGUCAUUUAGGGAUCCAAAUAUCACCCACCUUCUUCUCCAGGCGCAGUACCCUGUUUUAGGGGUGGACUGCUACAUGCCAGUCAUUGAUGUGUUCUCAGGUAGUUGUAAGGGAAACCUCCGUGUUGUUCUGGCUAUGGGCCGAUCAGAGCAGAUAGUUGCCCUGCAGCGCACGAGGGAUGAAGAAUACGACUCUUUAUCUCAUCUUGUGAGACCAGUUCAUCUGCUUGAUCAUCAGCCACGUUCACAAGCAAACGCGAUUGCAACACGAGAGGAAACCAUGAGAGAGCAUCUGUUUGUAAUAAGAGUGGAGAAGGUAAAUGGGCUGACACCUCUGCAGUCCACAGUGUGGGGUGAGGCUGACUGCUACGUCCAGUACAGUUUCCCUUGUCAGGAGGGUGACCCUGCUGUGAAGGUGGACCAAAACCUCAUAGAGAGCAGUGUGAACCUGAAAGUUUUUCGUACCACCACAACUCUCUGUGUGCCUGACCCGAUGUUUGGCCACACUGAGACUCAUGUGCUUCUCGCCCCUGAUGGAGUGCCUGUUCAGAGGCUGCUGCUCAGCUCUCUUUCAAGUCAAGGCCUAAGAGGUGGAGGUGGUGUCCAGUUUGAAGUUUGGUGCAGAUAUUAUUAUCCAAAUGUUCGAGACCAGCUUGUGGCCAAAGGAAUGCUGCCGUUGUCCAAACUGUGUGCCAUGGUCACCAUGCAGAGACAGCAUCCUGACGAGGCUCAAAUGUUCUCCCUGCCCCUGAUUCCCAGGACAGACAGUCCCAUAGGACAUCAGCCUCAGCCCUCAGGCCUGCUAGAUGUGUGCAUUCGGUACAAGCACCGACCAGUGAGACCUGAAGGGCAGAACUCUAAAGGAGUUGCCUCUCGUGUCGUGACACUCGUGGUUCAAGUGCACAGAGCAUCAGGUCUGCAGGCUGCAGCAAGGGUUGUAUCUGAACAAGACGAAAGAUUCAGUUACUUUGCUGGUGUGGGAGUGAACGCAUAUGUCACAGUCCAGCUCUCGUUCUUGCCAGAGAGCGAGAGGAGGAGCACCCGUGUAGCUGCCAGGACCUUCUGCCCGGAGUUUGACCACCACAUGGAGGUGUCCUGUGACCUGCUGGUUCAGAGGAGCAGCGGAGAAACCUGCAGCCUGGCUGAACAGCUGGACGAAGCAUCUGCUGUCUUCACUGUCUGGAACAGAGACAAUCGCAAAGCAGUGCUCACUCAUAAGCCUAAAGAUGUGAUGUUGGGCACAGUGAAAAUACCACUGGCUGAUCUCAUCCAUAAAAGAACAGGUAUUUCUGGCUGGUUUGGAGUUUAUAUACCUGAGGAAACAAAUUCAUCUCAGCACCAGCACAUUUUGGUCGGGGGCCUCGAGAUCUCCGUAAACUUCUCCCACCACUCAGACAGGGAAAGAGUCAUUAAAGCUGCUCAGGGUGUGGGCUGGGAAAUAGCCCAGAAUGAAGUGCAAGAUGAUGAAGAAGCCUGGGGAGACAGCAUGAGAAAAAUAUCUUUGAUUUUUUCGAUGCCUAGAGCAUGGAUACCGGUCCACUGCUUGCUUCUGCCAGGCCACACUGAGCUUCAGCGCUCCACCUACUGCUACUUUAGGUACAAGUUCUACGACCAGGAUGCCUUCUGCUCACAGAUGAAACACCCGUCUGUUGAGGUUGAUGGGGAGGAAGGUCAGGCCAAGGUGACUUUCCAGGGAAGUAGGACUCUGGAGCUGAGGAGCACUCAGCCCUUGAUGUGGUAUCUCAGAGAGGAGAGGCUGGAGGUUCAGGUGUGGGUUGCGUUUAAAAAAGACAAAACCCGAAGACCCAGAGACACAGACCGACUGGUGGGUUCAGCAUUUGUCGAUCUUUCCUCUCUUGCAAAGACGCCCAAGCAGAAGCUUACUCUCAGUGGAGUCUACCCGCUGUUCAGACGCUCAGCAGCAGAUCUGCAGGGCGCUGCUCUCAGGGUGCACAUCACCCUGACAACAGGUUUCGUCCCUGUGGAGCACUCUGCCGGAGUUGAUACCCUGCAGGACUCGGACAGCCAGGGGGAGCUCUUAUCAGAAGAGGUUGAAGCAGCAGAUCGAGCCCCCUCGCCCAUUACACCCAAAAACUCACAUCGUAGACACAACAAUAAAUCCUCCAGGACACCUCCAGACAUCACAUCUGUGCAGCACACAGAAUUGAGCGUGGAUGAAUCUUUCCCUGUGACUGUUGCAGUGGACCGGGCGAUGCACCUGAAUCUGAAAGGCUGCCCUCUAGCAGAGCGCAGUGAAGUGUCACCAUGCUGCUGUGUUUCGUACAUCACUGCCAACUCCCCAGAACCAGCAUCCACUGCUGUCAUAGCCAACACUGACUGCCCUGUGUGGGACCAUCAGCACGAGUGCAGGCUUUCAAAGCAGCUACUGGUUGAUCCACAACAAUCUCUCGUGUUCAAAGUCUGGCACAAAGGAGAAAUGGAGAGGGUGAUUGGAUUUGCCUCUGUAGACCUGUCCCCCUUACUCUGUGGGUUCCAGUCAGUAUGUGGUUGGUACAACAUCACAGACUUCAGUGGUCAGUGUCACGGCCAGCUCAAAGUGUCCAUCACUCCACUAAAGGGGGUCCAAGACCUCCGAGGACAGAGAAAAACUGUGAAUGAGGAAGCUACCAAAAACUCAUCAGGUUUAUUUCAGACACUUCCUCUCAGCUACCAUACCACAGCCACAUACAGCUGCUUCCCCUCUCACAUCAGCCGAUACUCCGAGCAGAAGAUCACGUCCCCUGACCACACAGACAGGCUGUUCUCUGAAAGAUCCAGUGAGAGUGACCGCCAUUUUGAACACAUGGAUAAAGUACGUCUUUACCAUCAGAGUCUGCAGGAGCAAACAGCAGCUAAUUCUGUUUGUAGCAGUGCUGGUGACAUCAAUCCCUCCAGCUCUUUCCUGUUUUCAGCACUCAGAAAAAAAUUAAGUGAGCUCGACAACAUCCAGAGAUACUUCAGCCGUAAGCUUUCCACUCCCACAUUCCCGUCCAUGAGUGAGCAGGACUGUCACACCAGGCGUGAGGAACCAAGGGACACAGAGACGGACGCAUGUCAGCUACUUUUUAAGUCCAACCAGUUAGUGGGAGAAGUCAACAGUAUCAUUAGUGGUCUGCAAGGACACCACCUAGAAACAAUUCCCUCAGACCCACAGAGCAGCUCAACUACUUCCCCUGUUGGAGACAAAAACCUUCAAACUAUCCCUGAGAGUACCUCCAGUCCACGCAGAGCUUCAAAUUCCUCCCAAGAAGAUGUGUCAAAGAUGUCUGAAGACCACACAGACUCUGAGCCUGAAGAAGAAAAGGAUAGACGAGACCACAAGGUUACUGAGUCCGAGAUUGAAAAUGAAGAAGGAACGGACGGAGAUGAAGAUGGGACCGGUUGCAGACGGGACAAGGAAGCUGACUAUGAUGAGGAGGAGGAGGAGGAGGAAGAUUACGAUGAAGUUGUGGUCAAGCCGAGGCCUCUCAAUGAGGUGACCUCUUUAACAGAUAAAACCAGUCCUUGGACCAGCAUCCUGUCAGACCCUGACCUGGUGUCUCUGGAGAGCCUGGAAGCACCAGACGAGCCAGAUCUGAGCCAAAACGAGGACGAGAAGAGGAAGAUGUUAAAUCUGCAAACUCACGACUGUGGUGGGGAACACGGACGAGAGGAACCUGACAGUUUUUGUAGCUCAGCGGGAGACACUUCCGAUAGAGAAGAUGAAAGGACCCUACAAACUUUAGAUGAGAGACAAGCGGAAGGGGCCAACAGCCCCGAUGAGGGGUCAGGUGACUGUUCAUCACACACCACACAGCACGCCACAGAUACCCAUGAUGCUUCCUGCUCCCUGGACAAUCCAGACACUCCACUCCAAACCUCGGUCCCUGCAGAGGUCCCCAAUUUCUUCCUCCCCUCUCACCAACUGGAGGCAUCUAUGAGAGCCAUCCGAUUAGCUCCUUCUUUCUCCAAGUCCACCAGUGACCCGGAGCAAAGCUCUCCAGUUUACACCGUUCCACAUCGCAGCGGUCCUCGACAGCGUCGCGACAUGUCGCCAUCAUCCAGGAAGAAAGAGACUGAAAGAAUAGCAAAAAUAUUUGCAGCCCACUUUGAUGACAUUCAGUAGAACAUGGUGGCUUUGUUUGCUAAGCAUUUAUGAUUACAUUUGGACUGCUCCGUGGUUUAAAAGAUCAUGUAAAUUAAUUAUAACAUUUUGUAUUUUUAUAAAUAAAUAUGAACUGUUUUCAACA